UCAAUUUUGAAUUUUUUUAUUCUGUGCCGUAUGGUAUUCGAGCUGAUUGUAAAAUUAGUGAUCAUCUGCGCUCACUAAAUCAGCUGAUCACUGUUAUUCGUUUGCUCAGUAUUUUUUAAUUCGGUAUCAGCCGUAGGACGGUUUAGGAAAAAAUGGGAGAAUCUGAUGAAGAUAUAUUGCUAGUAGAUGAGGAUGAUGAUACUGCUAGCUCAGUUCGCGGAAAACCGAAGUCUGGAAGAUCGUGGAAAACUGCAAAAAACCGGUAUUCCUCCAUGAAUAAGGUGAAGCCUUUGCGUUCCUCAUGGCAGGACAAGAUGAAGAAGCAGGCUUUAAAAUUAGUUAAAGAACAGGAAUCUCAAUUCAAGGAGGAGAAAAAGAGAAAAAAAGAAGAAGCCAGGAUACGAAUAGAAGAAAGAAAAAAACGAGAAGAAGAAAAUGCACGACGCGCUGAAAUUGUUCAACCCAUUAAGAACACUGCCAAGAUAAGAAGAAUGAAACGGAAGCAACUGCGUACACUGGAGAAGCGCUGAAAAUGAUCUGUGUGUCAUUGUGUCUGAAGGGAUGUGUCCAGUGCAAGACUGCAACGAUACUCGUAGGGUGCGUCUCCAAUUCAAAGCGAAUGUAGCUUUGGGACGGUUGCUCAACCGCACGAGGUGACUGUAUGCAGUGGCCACGCCUACAGAUACGGUACGCGAAGCCACCUCGCGAGGUGGAGUUGCUGUAUCGAAACAAGAUUCGCUUCGAAUUCGGGACGAGGCCGUAGUGGCACAGAGAAUGAUACUGUAACUGGUUAUCGUUCUCUGUUGUGUUUACAGGCUAAAUCUGUAUUGUAUUAUUAUAAUUUGUAUACAUCAGUGAUUAGUACAUGCAUAAACAUUGUCCACUCUUCUCUGGGUUCUUUGACAAAACUUACUGGAAUAAAAUCAGAAGCUCUUGAAUCCUGAUCCUGUCGUUGUACUUGUACACUGGAAUAGCUUUGCUUACUGCACAUUUAGGGGCAAUUGCGCUGAGAAAAGUUAAACUAAAACUGUGGGGGUAGCAAAAACUGAACACUGGGUGGU